AUCAUUGUGAAAUCAUAAAUAUUAUAAUAUUCGCUAUAUUUUAAAAAUUAUACAUAAAGAAUUCGAAGAUGGCUUCAAGUUGCUGUGGAGAUUACGUUGCUGCUUCGCCGGAGAUGGCGGUGACGGGAAGCGAAUCAAUCUUAUUGAGGCUUCUAUGCGUCGUCUUCAUCGUCCUUUUCUACGGUUCGAUAUUUCUUCUGUGCUUCGUGAUGUACCCGAAGGAUCAAAAAUCAGAAAUCGGCGAUGAGGAAGCCGGCGAGCCGUUGCCGGCGGCGGUGAGGCUCACGAAGAAAGGAGAGAAAUGCGGCGGUGACGGCGACGGGAUCAGAGCGGAUGUGUGCGUGAUCUGUUUGGAGGAUUUCGAAGCGAACGACGCCGUUAGGAUUCUGGUGGGAUGCAAGCACGUGUUUCACGUGGAGUGUAUAGACUCGUGGUGUUUCUACAAGUUGACGUGUCCGGUUUGUAGAAAACCGUUCCAGUGGUUUGGUGAUUGGUAAGGGUAAAGAGAUAAGUUUAGGGUUUAAAUGUUCGGUACCAUCCGGUUUAAUCCCAUUUUGGAAAUUCGUACGUUUGUGGGAUUAAGAAA